GAGAGGGGGGGGAUGAUGUCAUAGUUUUUAGUCUGUGCCAUAGAAGAAGCAGAUGGACGCAGCCUUCCUCUUUUCCUCCGCUCCUGUCUCCAUCUCCAUCUCCAUCUCCAUCCACAUCAGCCUCAGCAUCAGCACCACCAGGACUCACCGAGGAGGACAAAGAGCGACACACCACACAAGCUGAAUCCGCUUCAGGUCGACUGUCUACCGGCAGGAAAAAAAGCCUCCAGUCGCUGCUGGAUGUGAGCUGGACCAUCGACCCGAAGAAAGAGGAGAGGUCCAAAUUAAAGACGCUGAUAUGGACCAAAAUAUGGGAGCAAGCACCGGGUCAGUCCUCUUUUUUGUCUCUAUGAUUCCGUAUUAUGAGCAGGCGGCUGUGUGGAGGAGCUAGUCCUGCCCAGAGAGGAGGAGGAGGAGGAGAGAGCCACAAGAGAAGAAGAAGGGUGUCGACGGGGAGAGGCACGAGCAGCCUCGGGGAGAAGAGGAGAGGAGGAAAGGGGAGGAAAUAAUAAUAGUCGAGUAAUAUUACAACAAGCUCCUAAAUAAUGGCGGCUAAGUCGGACGGGGUCCUGAAGAUGAAGAAGAGCGACGUGGCCUUCACCCCGCUGCAGAACUCGGAGCACUCCGGCUCGGUGCAGGGGCUCCACCCGGCCGGCCAGCAGCCAGACUCCGCGGGCAGCACCGCGGACGGGGACUUCGCUAACGGGGAGUCGCGGUGCUGCGGCGGCGGAGGAGGAGGUGGAGGUGGAGGAGGAGGCGGCUCCAGCUCGACGUGUCUCCGGCUGGGCAGAGGCGAGCAGCAGCAGCAGCAGAGGUACACGGUGUGGGACUGCCUCUGGAUAGUGGCCGCGGUGUGCGUGUAUCUGGCCGACGUGGGCACCGACGUGUGGCUGUCGGUGGACUACUACCUCCGCCGCGAAUACUGGUGGUUCGGCCUGACGCUCUUCUUCGUCGUGCUCGGCUCCUUCUCGGUGCAGCUCUUCAGCUUUAGAUGGUUCGUCCACGACUUCGGGACCGAGGACGGCGGCUCCGGUGGCGGUGGCGGCGGCGGCGCGGAGUCCGCUGACUGCUCCCACAUGGACGGGAACAAGCUGCUGAGCGGCUCGGCCUCACACGGAGACGUUACCGCCGCUCAGCACCACCACCACCCGGCCACGCCGCAGAGGCAGGCGUCGACCGCCAGCAAGAACACCACGACCAACAGCACGGCGAGCACCGCGCUGGGCGGCAGGAGCAGCAGGAAGAGAACGGCCUACUACUCCUUCUGCGUCUGGUUCGGCCAGUCCGUCAUACACAUCCUCCAGCUGGGCCAGAUAUGGAGGUAUUUUCACACCAUCUACCUGGGCGUUCGGAGCCGUCAGAGCGCUGAGACGGAGCGCUGGCGUUACUACUGGAGGAUGGUCUACGAGUUUGCAGAUGUGAGCAUGCUGCAUCUACUGGCCACCUUUCUGGAGAGCGCUCCGCAACUGGUGCUGCAGCUGUGCAUCAUUAUACAGACACACAAGCUCCAGGCUGUGCAAGGUAUGACAGCUGCAGCCUCCCUCGUCUCUCUGGCCUGGGCCCUGGCCUCCUACCAGAAGGCCCUGCGAGAGUCUCGGGAUGACAAGAAGCCCAUCAGCUACCUGGCCGUCAUCAUCCAGUUCUGCUGGCACUUCUUCACCAUCGCCGCGAGGGUCAUCACCUUCGCCCUGUUCGCCUCCGUGUUCCAGCUUUACUUUGGCAUCUUCAUUGUCCUGCACUGGUGCAUCAUGACCUUCUGGAUUGUCCACUGUGAGACAGAUUUCUGCAUCAGCAAGUGGGAGGAGAUUGUGUUUGACAUGGUGGUGGGCAUAAUCUACAUCUUCUCCUGGUUCAACGUCAAGGAGGGACGGACAAGGUGUCGGCUGUUCAUCUAUUACCUGGUGAUUCUGGUGGAGAACGCUGCUCUCAGUGCGUUGUGGUAUCUCUACCGGUCGCCUCACACCACCGACGCCUUUGCAGUGCCAGCGCUCUGCGUCAUCUUCAGCAGUUUCCUCACCGGUGUUGUGUUCAUGCUCAUGUACUAUGCCUUUUUCCAUCCCAACGGGCCACGCUUCGGGCGCUCGCCGAGCGGCCAGGGUCUCGACCUAGACCCCACCGCUCAGUUCUCCACGCUACCAUCUGAAGGUGCCACCAACUCUCUACGUUCCAACCGAGGUGCCACUGCGACCCUGGAGCGCGACGUGGGGAAGUAUUCAGAGCGGGACGGCUGCAUGCCAGUUUUUCAGGUCCGACCCACAGUGCCAUCCACGCCAUCGUCUCGUGCCCCGCGCCUCGAAGAGACCGUCAUCAAGAUCGACCUUUGUAGGAACCGCUACCCAGCCUGGGAGCGCCAUGUCCUAGACCGCAGUAUACGCAAGGCAAUCCUGGCCAUAGACUGCUCGCUGACUCCUCCACGGCUGCAGUACAAGGAUGACGCUCUGGUGCAGGAGAGGUUGGAAUAUGAGACCACGUUAUAGUUCCACCCUGCUCUCAGAACCCAUAGAGGGGUGCAGCCGUCAGAGGAUUAUCCUCUAUGAACAGCAACAGGGACUGUGGCAAUAAGAAUUUGUUACUACCAACAAUCUCACGUUUCAUCUCUCAUUACCCUAUUUUCUUGUUUUAUUCCUCUGCAUCAGCGCCCACCCAGGAGCAUUCAGCCCUGUUGGAAGUGAUCGAAGAAGCCAUCUGGCACUAGAGCAGUUGAUGUCACCGGAUGUGUUUGGGUUCUUUGUAGGGUCGUUGCUGUUAUUUUUACUUCCACUCAUCAGGGAAUUUCCGUCUGGUACUAACUUAAUGCUUCAACUCUCAGCUCAGACCGUAAAGAAGCUGAUGCACUGUUUGGUUAAGGUUGGAAAAGCUAAAGAUAAGCUUACGUCCAUCCAGACAAGUUUUAAGUCAUCGGAUAUUCCACUUUGACCUAAAUGACCUGAGUGAUGAACCUGGAUUACACACUCUAAAGGACACGAUCCCCCAUUCAGCAUCAGUAGAAACAUGGAACUGUCAUAUCUGUCUCAAUGUGUUGGGUGACCUACUGUUUGGAAGUUCUGAUGAUCCCAUAGCAGCCACAACUGGGUGGGUACUUCCAUCAAUAUCUACAUGACAACGCUCAUCGCUCCUGUUCUCUUAGUGCCAAAAAGGUUCCUCGGAAAUGUCCUCUAGAUUCGGAGGAGUUGGAACCCCUUAUGCCAGGUUCAGACUGCACAAUGGACAUAGGAGCACAGAGUGCUCUUUCACGCACAACUGUAGACAGCAAAAGAGGAAUUAUGCUGUUGGUGCUGUGAGGUGGAACUGUGAAACAGGAAAGGCCACAGACAUUUAGUUUUUCUUUCUUUUUUUUUAAGGCUUUUCCGAACACAAGACGGACAUUAAUCAUACACACCGCCAUUGUUUGUUUACAUUCUUAUUUCUAGCACCGAUGACAUUGUGCGCGUUGUGAAAGUAGCUCCGAUUGGUCUGUGACCAACGUUUCAUCUGUCAUGUCUCUCGGCCAAAUCAAGAAUUUAUGACUUAAUAAUCGCCUAAUCUGACACAGUGACCAUCGUAAAAGAUUGUGUAGUCUGAACCUGGCAUUAGAGAUGGCUGGGAAGUCCAAAAAGUUCUUCUCUAGGCCUGGACAUUUCAUUCCUCUCGGAUAAUUAUGGUCUACACUGGCAGAAGGUCAGACAGAAAGUGAACUACAUGAAGACAGUGGUCAAAGUAGCAUCUAUACUCAGUCAUUGUGUUUUGUUUGGAUAAAACCAACCAAACCUGGCAGGAAGGAAUAGGGAGUGAGAAAGGAGGGGUGAAAGCCUGGACAGACACAACCUCACUGUCUUUCUCCCAUAAGGAAAGAAGUCAAACUCUCACAAUGCCAAGAAAAAAAAAUCUUCCUGGCAGCUCAACUCAACUAUUUGCAGUCCACCUGGCUGUGCAGUGAUACUGAUCUUUGCUUGUCUGUGGAGGCAAAUGUGGGUGGGGUGGGGGGAAGGGGGGGAGAUGCAUUGAACAGGAGAUGACAGGACAGGAUGACGCAGGAAACGGAGAUGAGUCGAGGAUGGAGAAGAAGAGCAGACAAGCAGCCAUCUCAGCCAAACGAAAACCAACCACCAGGAUGUACAGUACUCUGAUACAACAUGCAGCAUUUUUUACUUUAGAGAUUAUGUAGAGGGGUUCUGAAGUCAUUGUCUGUGUUUUUUUGUGGUGUGAGUGCGUAAAUGUCGGCAAUAGGCGACAUUUUGACUUCAAGUCUGCUUGUUCUUUGAUAAACACACGUCACCUUCUGGGGGGAAAUGUUCCUGUCUUUCCCAGCAGCUUUUAACAUUGUUACACCGAGCCACACGACACAAGUUAGCACGGUGCUGGUAGUGUCCACUGGCUUUAAUGAGAAAUGCUAACAAAGUGACUUUUGGUUGACUGAAGUGCCACUAUAAAAGCUUGAUAUAAGACCACCGUUAUACCACAUAUCACGGUCUUGGAAGGGUAACUGAUGAAAUCCAGGGCACUAGUAACAAAAAACAUGAAUUAUCUCAACAGAUAUACGUAGGGCCCUUUCAUGAAACCCAACCCAAGCUGUGUAAAAUCAAACAUGGCAUAAUGUCUCUUCCUCGUUCAUGGAAUGGUGGGGGCUGCUCAGUUCUGUAACUAGUGGCCAAAAGAUAUAGAAAUGACACAACACACCUCUCUCUCUGUCCCGGUAAUCAUGUUUUUUUGCCAUUCUUCAUCUGUGAGGACACUAAUCCUUGAGUGUUCCUCAACCAAAAUAGACAGAACAGACAUUCAUCAAACCAUUAACAUGACAAAGGGAAAGAAACAAGGGGGAAAGACUAAAUUUGGAUAGAAUGGUCAAUGGAGAGAUUAGGGCAGCACAGAUGGUAAACUCUGCAGAGAGUACUUAAUGAGAGGGAGGUGGACUGGCGCUGACCGGAAACCUUUUGAAGUAGAUCAUAAAAUUACAGACAUCCUGUCAUACAGUGAGUCCUUCCCAUGACGUUCAUAAAGUUUAUGAACGCUUGGGUGACUGAAAUGUCCAGGUUCCAUCAAUCAAGAUCAGCAUCGUGGUAUGGAUUUCAUGGAUCAGGGCAAGACGGUACCUGAUGAUGAUAGAGACUAAAGUUCUAGACUUAAGCCCCCGCUAGUGGCUCUUACAGACAAGGUCAUGUCAUGAGGUGUUUGAGUUCAUAAACAUCAUACUGACAGUGGUGCUGAAAAUGUAAGGUUUGCCCUGAUGGUGGCAUGGGAGGUAAGGUCAGGGCCUCACCAUUAAGGGUUGUGUCUAGAUGGUUACCCUAGAUUUUUGAAAACUCUCCCUAGACUCGCUGUCCGAUGGCCUAUGCUAACCUUAACCAUUUGAGGUCAAUGCCUAACCUCAACCAUCUCGCCAGAGUUUUGCUAAUCAAGACUAUGAUGACCUAUCCUAAUCUUAACCAUUCAAGGUCAAUGUCUCACCUCAACUAUCCCGCCAGAGUUUCGCAAAUCAAGGAUAUGAGGUUCUAUCCUAAACUUAACCAUUCAAGGUCGAUGGCUAACCUCAACCAUCUCGCCAAAGUUUUGCUAAGCAAGGGUUUGAUGACCUAUCCUAAUCUUAACCAUUCAAGGUCAAUCUCAAACCUCAACCAUCUUGCGAGUUUCGCAAAUCAAGGAUUUGAUGACCUGUGCUAAUCUUAACCAUUCAAGGUCAAUGGCUAACCUCAACCAUCUCGCCAGAGUUUUGCUAAUCAAGACUAUGAUGACCUAUCCUAACCUUAACCAUUCAAGGUAAAUGCCUAACCCCAACCAUCUUGCCAGAGUUUCACAAAUUGAGGGUUACCAUCUAGACACGAUUACCAUUCAAUAGCAAAUUUUGUUUUCAAGAUACCUCUUGAGGGUUCAAAAUAUUAGACAAAUUCAAAACAUUUUUAACUGAAUGGUGGCAUUCAAACAGGGGUCAGAGGGUCGCCAAAGUCACCAUCUAGGGCCCAUGACUAUCCAUCCUAGGAGUUCUAAUCAAAGUGUUGGAUAGAUGAAACAGACAGUCCAUAACUCAGUUACUGAUACCAGUGCCAGUGCCAGUCAAAUUGUCACGGUGUCCAUUAACAUACUGUGUGAUGUUGUAUGUAAACCAAACCCUCGGACGUCCCCAGUCACCGAAAUCAGAGCGCAAAGAGACGGCUAGAGACUGCAGACAAUGAAGAGCUGUACCAUUUACACUACCCCCCCCCAACCCAGACAGCUUGACUUCAGGGAAUGCUGGGAAGCCAGAGGCAAUGACAUCAUCACAUAAUGUAGAUGAGCUGUCAACUCAAAUUCACCAUGUUCAGGAAUUUCAGCUCUCUCAAUUAUGACUAUAGAGUCUAGGCUCUUUAGACGGCAACAGUGUGUCUUUUAACAUUUCAAAUGUCUGCACAAAAAGAAAGUUCCAGGUUGUCUUUCUUGAUUUACAUCACAAGUGCAAUGUCUUCUUUUUUUUCUGAGGAUUGCAAGAGGAGAGAAAAGCACAAAACUAGUCAAUGGGAUAAUCAUGGCAUGAGACUGUAAACCUUAUCAUCCUGCUUAACCAAACCAGCCCCUGGUGCACCGAGCUGUUCUGAUCUCAGCUGGUCUUAUCAUUCUGUGUAUGAAGUCUGAAGUGAUAAUGUCCAAAACUUGUUUCAAUUUUGCUUACAAAUAUAUAGCACUAAACAAAGGAUUUGUGUGUCGCCCGAUAUGUACGGACCACAGAGAGAACCAGAAGGAUGUGUUUCCAUGAUCCACUUUCCCGGUAAAUAUUGGCAUUUUCAACCAGUUCUCACUCAACUCGUCAAAUACCGUAGGUUGGGAAGUGCCCCUCAGUGACUGAUACUGAUGCACAGAGGCACCCUUUAGCGUCUGUAUGAGAUGAGGUGAAAUGGAAACCCAUUUGCAUUGCUAUUAGACGGUCAGAGCAGCUGACGUAUUAUCACCUCCCCCAAGGCUGAAGGCUUAGGAAGGAGGUUCUGUUUUCACCACUGGUGUCUGUCUGUUUGUGUGUCUGUUAGCAGGAUUACUCCAAAAGAUCGUGAUGGAUUUGAAUGAAAUUUUUUGGAGGGGUGGAGUGUAGCUCAAUGAACAAUCCAUUAGAUUUUGGUGGUGAUCCGAUCAAGAUCGUAGGGUCACUGACCAAGCAUCGGUAUUUGACGAGUUGUGAGUGACAAUAUGUUGCCAUAUUGUUUUAUGUUUCUAUGUUUUUAAGUGUCUUAUUCUUUCAGUUUAGAAUGUGGCUCAUGAAACACUUUGCAUCGUGAACCUUAAGUACUUAAAUACAUACUGUUUAGGCUUAUUCAUUUGCCUUGUUGCCACAUUACUGAGAGUGCGUGCGAGUGUAUGUUCUCAUCAGUGUGUGUGGUGUUUUACUGCACUGAGCAGUCUAUAGAGGACAUUUUUUGGUUAAUGGCUGCUUCAGUUGUUUUAACCUGUUUUCUUGCCUUUUACUUAAUUUGUUUGUUUUUUUACAAGUUUUACACGUCACAGACUGUCCACGGGAUUUGGGGAGUGCUAGUGAAUAUGAGUUGUAUAAAGCCUUCUUGUGGCUCCAGAGGAAGCUGUGUGAAAUUGGUUACAUUCAGUUAGCGAUUGGUUGGGGCUGAAGACUACAAGUUUGACAAUAAACACAAUUUGGAGGUGUGGAGUUAGAAAGAAGUUAGAGCUCACCAGACCUCUGCAGCCCGCUGCUCAUCUCUGCUGCAGGUUAGAGGCUCCAGGCUACAUUAGCCGCUGCUAGCAUAGCACUCCUGAUCUCAUGGGAAGGCGUAUAGAUAGCACAACAUUUUAAGGACAUUCCGCGUGUCAUGAUAAUGCAUUUCAGGCUUUUCGCAUAUCAUUUAUACGCCACGGGGUCACAGUUAUGUUUAGGCAACAAAAGCACUUAGUUAGGUUUAGGAAAAAACGUCAUGGUUGGGUUUAAACUAAGUAAAAUGCGUACAUAAACAACGUAACAUAAGUACGCAAAUCACGUCACUAACAGAACUUCAAAAUAACAACACUUUGGGACAAAAACACCGACUCAUCCUCCUCUCGUGAGCAGUCUUUCUCACUUUUUUAUCCUACGUCACUAGCUCUGAGCGUGGCAUAUUCACUCGGAUGCAUUCACAUUACAGUCUGUACAGAGUACACGGUGUGAAAUGACACGCCGAAAGCAACAAAAGGCGUUGUUAUUGCACGUAAAAUGACUUACACAUUGCGGUGUCAUUCAUACGCCAGUUGGUGAGACCAUAGCCUGACACAUGACACACCUGACUGAACUGUCAGUCGUUCGAGUUACAUUGUGGGUAAUGUAGACACUAGGUACUUUUGAACUGUCCCAGUAGAAAAGAAAAGCACAGGCUUCAGGAUGACACAAUACUGUUAGACUCCGAGCAUUUAGACGGCACAGCAGGAGCUCAGCUUAUAUCUGAUUUCUGCCCGUUCAGGAAGCCAUCAAACUAAAUCCACACCGACAAGAAUCUAUUCAUUUUCAUUCAUAAUUGUUUAGUUAAUUUUGGCCUGAUAUAUGUGCUACAGAUGACAGGAGGCCAAGAGCUCAAAGAACAGCUGAAAGUGUGCGAGGUGGCACAUUGGACAGACCUUUCUUUAGUAGAAUUACUACAGCAGAAAUCUUCUAUAAUAGUAUAGAAUAAUUCACCAGCAGAGGUCCUCAGAGGGUUUAUCUGCCAGCAUUGGGGUUGUGGAAAAAAUCGUUCUCAAAAGUUCAUGCAAUAAAAUGUACAGUCACUGAAAGCAUUGCCAUUAUUUUAUCUAAUCUGACACGAUUUCACUUGUUUUGCCUGACAGUCAGGUGAACAGAAUCAUCGUGGAUUCAUGAGAUUGAAGGUCGGAAAGGGACAUUUUCUUUGUAGCCUAUACUGUGUGCAGCCUUAUUUUAUUUGUAAGGGGGAUGCCAAAGCAUCUCAUGUAAGUUUAUUUUGCAGUGUCUCCCAAAUCCAGUGUAGCCUUUGUUUACUCAUCACCAUCUCAUGAACUAUCAUAUACUGAUAUACUGUAUAUGAUGUGUACUCAUAUAUAUAUACUGAACAUAAAGCUACCUCAGUUUGUUUCAUGGACAGAAUACCCUCCACCUUCUCACAGGCAAUACAUUCUCUUCUGUAACACAGGUGACACAUCAGCCUCAGAUCCCUGUUGUUGUAAGCCACUCAAAUUUCUUAUAUUGAAAUGGAAAAUUCUAUUAACAAAUCAUAUUCAGUGUACUCCGAAGUACAGAAGCCAUGAGAGGCAAAGGGGGAAAAAGAUUCUGGUGACCCAUUCUCUAAGUCCGAUCUAAUUUGUUUUCUCUCCUGUGUUUAUGACUUAAGAACAGGUGGGAACAAAAGAUUUUGCCCGGAUAAUCUAAGUUCCUUACUUUUUUA